AUGGUACCUGGCAGAGUCCAAAUCCUGAACUUUUAUGAGCUGCAGCAUCUGACCGCCUCAGAGCCACUGACCCUGGAACAGGAGUAUGAAAUGCAGGGGAGCUGGAGGGAAGAUGAUGACAAGUGCACAUCUAUCAUCUUGGAUAAGCAGCGAUGGGCAGAUCCCAGUAUAGAAGAGGAGCAGUGCAUGGUGGGAGAUGUCAACAUGUUCCUGACCGACCCAACAGACUUCUCCUCGGCUGAGCUGGAGAUCAUGAUAGCAGAGCCCAGUUACAGAGGCAAGGGCAUUGGGAAGGAGGUGACGCACAUGAUGAUGCACUACGGUGAGCAUCUGAUCCCAUCUUUCAAAAUGUUUCGAGCAAAACAGAAGCUUAAAGUCACUGUGUAG